AUGUUAAGAAAUAACAAAACAAUAAUUAUUAAGUACUUUCUUAAUCUCAUUAAUGGAGCUUUCCUGGUUCUUGGACUUAUAUUCAUGGGAUUUGGUGCAUGGCUUUUAUUAGAUAGAAAUAAUUUUUUAACAGCUUUUGAUGAAAAUAAUCACUUCAUAGUAUCUAUUUCUCAAAUUUUGAUUGGAGUGGGGUCUUCUACUGUUCUUUUUUGUCUAUUGGGUUAUAUAGGAAUUCACAACGAAAUCAGAUGGCUCCUAAUUGUGUAUGCAGUAUUGAUAACAUGGGUCUUUGGUGUUCAGGUUGUACUUUCAGCAGUCAUCUUCACAAAGAAAGAGGAGGUUCAGCAACUAUGGCAUGACAAAAUUGAUUUUGUCAUUUCUGAGUAUGGAUCUAAAGAUAAGCCUGAAGAUAUAAACAAGUGGACUAUUCUGAAUGCUUUACAGAAAACAUUACAGUGUUGUGGCCAACAUAAUUACACAGACUGGAUAAAGAAUAAGAACAAAGAAAAUUCAGGACAGGUGCCAUGUUCUUGCACAAAGUCUACUUUAAGAAAAUGGUUUUGUGAUGAGCCAUUGAAUGCAACUUACCUCGAGGGUUGUGAAAAUAAAAUCAGUACAUGGUAUAAUGUUAAUGUGUUAACCUUAAUUGGAAUUAACUUUGGACUUUUAACUCUAGAGGUUUUCCAAGUCUCAUUAACAGUUUGUUUCUUCAGACACAUCAAGAAUAUAAUCCAUGCAGAAACGUGA